AUGAUAGCUGGAAUAACUAAAUCGAAUAUUAAGAGCGAAAAUUCAUCGAUAAAUCUACUUCGACUUGAAGUCCUUCCCGAUGAAAUUUUCCAGUGCGUUGACCCUAUCGAUCUUCGUAACUUCAAAGGUCUCAACAAACGGAUUGACUGUCUUAUUGAUUCUGUGAAAAUGAAUAUUGUGAUUCAAAGACAAGAAGACUGUGACCUUGAUUAUAUAUCAAAUUUUGCUUCAACACAAAUCAUUCGUUUGGAAAUAUGUGACUAUUGCUUAUCGCUAAGUUUUCGUGAAACGAUCGAACUUCGUUCACUUACAUUUAAUUGCAGUUAUCUUCUGGAAGAACAGUUAAGUCAAAUAACCAAGGUCAAUCUACCUCGUCUAGAAAGACUGUCUAUUGAUGAUAUACCGUAUAGUCUACAAGAACCGGUAUUUGAUGUUAUCUUUCAAAGUGAACAAUUUGUCGUCUUAGUCUGCCAGAUGAUUAUCAUUUGA